CUGAGGCUGCAAAGUUGAGGGUCGCGGAGGGUCCAAGUCCAAGGUCCAACUUGUGGUCUGGACAACGCAGGCCAGUUUGUUCUCUCUUGCAUAAACACUACUAACUAAUCUGUCGCUCCCUCCUGACGAUUGUUACUACAUGAGUCUCCUCACGAUGUUCUAAGGCUGCAGGUCGGUCGUUGCAUUUCAAUGCGUUUUCCAUCCCUAUUCUCUUCGUUGCUCAAAUUCCUCAAUCCCUUGGUCAACUCCAAAUCCACCGUUUCAGCGUACUACCGAAGAUCUGCACGCCGAAGUCUCUGGAAUUUGCAAUACCACCUUGGGCAAGACAGUUUCACUGUUGGCGUGCUGGAUCUCGCGAGCUAUCGACUGUCCCCGGUUUACAUGGGCCUGCUCCUCCCCCAGCCGUCGCAAUGCACAGUGUUCAGAGGCAUUUUGGGAAAUAUAUGAGGAGAAGUGCAGAUGAACAACAAGUCUCGGUUCUCCUCAAGGACUUUGAAGAGGCAGAUAAACUCUUGACCAAGAUCAUAGAAGCCUCCAAACAAUGGAAAGAGUCGUGGAUUUCCAUCCUAACCCAUCAACACCGCGUUUUCGAGGAAUUUGAGAUCUUAUACUCUCCCAUUGUCGGAGCUGGUGACGAUUACCAAGGCCACAUACCUGUCGAGACGCCGGAACAUCUUCUUCGCAGAGCCGCCAGAAUAAAGACGGAAUAUGCAGACCUGAAGAGAGAUCUCACCGAAGAUCUCGGGCAGGUUGACGAUAGGCUGAUCCGACCGGCUCAGACUGCAAAAGACAGCCUCCAAUCAUUGAGAAAGACGAUCAAGAAGAGAGAAGACAAGAAGCUUGACUAUGAAAGAUAUCAAAACAGGGUGGACUCGGCUCUCAAAAAGACCAAACGAUCCGAGAGAGAUAGUGCGGCUCUUGCAAAAUCCCAGACGGAUCUGGCUGCAGCAACAGAAGCAUACUCCGCUGCCGAUGACCACCUGAGAAACUGUCUGCCUCGUCUGCUGACGUCCGUUUUCUCUCUACUUCCACAUUUUCUGGCUGCGCAAGUUCAGAUUCAAAAUAGCCUACUGGGACAAUACUACACGAUGCUCCACGGAUACUGCACGGAAGAAGGAUUCCCUUCGCCCAGUCCCCCAAUGGAUGAAGUUGUGAGGAUAUGGACUGAUACCUUCAAAUCAGUACAGCGCGAGGCCGAAGCUUUGAUGUUUCUGGCCAAUGGAAAGGCUGUCAAGGCACCCAUGACUCAGGAGAACGGCCAACAACCUGUCAAUGGCUAUCGUCGACCGAGCGCCAACGCGUUUUCCGGUCGCACACAGUCUGUCUCGCCAGCCAGGGCUCUCCCGCCGUCCCCGAACUAUGACACUGUACCAAAGAUCUCUACAUCACCUGCACCAAGUACGUUACUCAGCCCACUUACUCCGUACGAAAGUGUAGCGAGUCCGUCACCAUCUCAGUCGGUCUACCAAACACCUCUUUCUUCCUUUGCUCCGGCCGCACCGAACACCGACUACUUUGCUAGGGACAGGCAGCCAUCUUCUGCGUCGAUUGCCUCCAUUGGGACGACAGCUCUGAAGAAACGCCCGCCUCCCCCUCCACCUGCACGGUUGCCAUCACAGCAAUCGAUCUUUGUGACAGCGCUCUAUGACUUCGAGGGCCAAGGCGAAGGCGAUCUUGUGUUCCGCGAAGGGGAUCGCAUUAAAGUCCUGAAGAAGACAGACAGUACUGAUGAUUGGUGGCAAGGGGAGCUUCGAGGCGUCAAAGGGGCUUUCCCUGCCAAUUACUGCCAAUGACCAUUGUUCAAUCACGAGCCACAUGAACCAAAAAUUGCUUGCAACGACCACAGAUCUGGGCGACUGGGCCACAUUGUUUUGAUGACUGCAUUUGGAGCGGGCGCGUCGGGCGAAGUUGAAAUGAGAGGAGCGUGAGUUCGCGAACUAAUAUUGUGAUAGUUGCCGCACUAAUGAAGGAGGCAUGGACGAGCGGGAAAUGAUGGCGGACAGAAUCACGAACAACAGUCCCAGGGACUGAUACGAUAGAUAGUCGGUUUUCAAAAAGAGAUAUACCCAAUGUUGAGCAUUUUUUGUCUGGCCGUGUACGAGUUUCAGGCUUUCGCUUUCUGGGGACAUUGUAGGAUGUUGGGGUAGAGGCGCCCCCUGAAAGGCAUUGAGUUAUAUACCUAGGUAUUUGAUAGCAUGCAAAGUCUUCCUCACUUGGACUGCACGCGUAAUACUCGAACCCAUCUAUGCUUUACCG